UAAUACCCCAAAUGCGAAAGCCCCUAACCCCACGCAUGCAUAUAAUAUUACUUUUCUUACUCUGUUCCAACGUGCCCUUUCUUCACUCUUCCCUCUUUCUCGCUCUCACCUUACACCUCUCUGUUUCCCUCUUCAUUUCGAUUCUUCUGCAUCUGGCAAGCAGUUUGUGAUGAAGAUUGAGUAAGAGAUUUAUUUUUUCUAUGAGGUCAAUCAAAUCAUGGAGGUGGUCCACGAGAAAAAGGAGUUUCUUGCCUAAUGGGAAAAUCAAGUUUGAAGAUGAAACAACUGCCUUUUAUGGCGGUUGUUUGUAUAGUAAUGUUGUUUGUUGUGUAUAGGACUCUAAAGUAUCAAAGUUACCAAGAAGAGAUAGACAAACAGUGGAAUUUCAGGGAAGAUGAAAAGGCAUCUUCUGAAACUUCUGGAAAUCUGAAGGGCUUACCACGGGGUAUAAUACAAGCUACUUCAGAUUUUGAGUUAAGGCCUUUAUGGUCGCCAAGUAGUUUGAGGUCAAAGGUUAGUGUUUACUCCAAUCGCAACUUGCUGGCAGUUCCAGUUGGUAUUAAACAAAAGCAUAAUGUAGAUGCCAUGGUGCAGAAGUUUCUUCCAGACAAUUUCACAAUUAUUUUAUUCCAUUAUGAUGCCAAUAUGGAUGGAUGGUGGGAUCUUAAUUGGACUAGCAAGGCCAUACACAUAACUGCUCAAAACCAAACAAAGUGGUGGUUUGCAAAAAGAUUUCUACAUCCAGAUAUAGUUUCUAUUUAUGAUUAUAUCUUUCUCUGGGAUGAGGAUUUAGGGGUGGAACAUUUUUCUCCAUCAAGAUACAUUGAAAUUGUGAAGGAAGAAGGAUUGGAAAUAUCACAGCCAGCCCUUGACCCAAAUUCAACAGAGAUACAUCAUAGAAUUACAGUUAGAGCUAGGACUAAAAAAGUUCAUAGAAGAGUCUAUGAACUCAGAGGCAGUACUAGGUGUUCAGAGGCAAGUAAAGGGCCCCCAUGCACUGGGUUUGUGGAAGGUAUGGCUCCUGUUUUCUCUCGAUCUGCCUGGUAUUGUACUUGGCAUCUUAUACAGAAUGACCUUGUCCAUGGAUGGGGAGUGGAUAUCAAAAUAGGAUAUUGUGCACAGGGAGAUCGCACUCAAAAUGUGGGAGUUGUUGAUAGUGAAUAUGUUGUUCACAAGGCAAUACAAACUCUGGGUGGUAGUGAUGAUCCGACUAAAGUUUCAAAUCGGCAAAGGACAACUCCGAAACACGGUGUGGCGGCCUUCGAUCAACGAGUUGAGAUACGAAGACAGUCAACAUGGGAACUUGAAGUCUUCAAAGAGCGGUGGAAUAGAGCUAUUGCUGAGGACAAGAACUGGGUUAAUCCAUUCAAGAGUGAUAAAAAACGCACGAGACAAAGGCGGAAAACCAACCAGUUCUCUUAGCAAUUUUUUUUGUCUAACCUGGUUUCAUAUGUUAGGGCUUCUUCAUUCAUAGGGCAUUAAUAAUAUAUAUAGGCAUAAUUUAGCUUUUGUAGCUGAAUGAAUUCUCUAUUCAUUCAAUUUUGGAACCUCAACAUUUAUAUUCUUUUGUUCUUUUCAUUCAUGUCACAAAUGCUUCCCUGUCUCUUUUUUUCUUUUUUUUCUAUUUGCCAUACGAGUCUUUCUUUGAUAUUUUUUAUUUGGAUGUAAGUUAUCAUACAUGCAUCCUUAGCUUUAUCAUAAAAGAUAUAAUGAAGAAGCUUCCAUUCUUGUAGUGCUUAUGGUUUUGGUGGUUUAAGUUCAUUAACUAAACCAUGCUCAACAUUCAUUUUUGGUAUGCUGGAAAUGUGAACAAGUGUAUUUUGCUGAGAUUAAUCAAAUUGGGUUGUUGGCUCUCUCAA